AUGCCAAGAAAAAGAACCGAGCAGAUAGCGGCUAAUGAAAGACCCACAGAGGAGUCACCGGUAGAAGGUUUCAGCAUUGACAAGAAGUCAAUGUCAAGAAAAAGAACCGAGUCACACGCAGAAACAUCCCAGCAUUCACAAUCUAAAGAAAUACCCAUCAAAGAAUCAACAUUGGAAUCCCAUCCAUGGCACUGGCGAAUCCCAACAAAAUUCAAAAUUCCCAGUAUUUCCGAAGACUCACCGUGGCCUUUAGAUGAGUCAUUGGGAAAAGACGCCGAGCAGUCAUCGCCCACCAGAAAAGAGUCUUCCUCAACAGACGGAAUUUUCGACGCCGGGCAGUCAUCGAGAAAAGGUGAAACUUCUGGCAAGCAGUCCAGCCAAAAAGCCAAGUCCACAUCUGGGACAGUUGUUGUGGAGCUGCAGCUUGCACGUUUACCUUGUGUUAUGGCAUACCGUGCCCAUAUUUUGACUGAAUGGUUUAUUAGGUAUAAAGCCAAGAUACAAUACAUGUCACUUCCCAAUAUUCUUUUGAAUUCAGCCAUUAUUCUCGAAGCACUCUUUCUAUCGUGCGAACCAGCAAACCUAGCCCUAUUGCUCAAAGAUUUAAUACAUGAUCAUGUUUGUCGAGAAAAACAAAUACUUUCAGCGCAAAAGUUUGUCAAGCUUUUAACGCCUUCAAAAAGAAUAAACCAGAACCUUGCAAAGCAAAGUUUGACGGGAAAAUGUCCUGAUUACAGUCCAAGUGCUGUUGCAGCGUUGACUAUAUUAAACUAUGGGAAGUCUGUGAUUCAUGACUAAUAAACAAGUUUAUGUGGAAUUGAAUUUAUUACUACUAAGGUUUAAGGUUUGAAGCAUUUAUAGCUGCAAAUCAGUUACUUGUUACUGUUAGAAGAAACAUUUUCUGUUGAUACAUAACUAGUGAGAAUAGCUUUCAACGAGUCGAUUUAGCUUGCAUGAUUAGAAUGAUAUUUGCAAUAAAAACUAUUAGUUGUCAUGGUAGAUGUCUAAUAUAUUCUUCGAAAUGUUCUCUUCCUUUUCGUUUC